UCUCAGUCUCGUCUAGACUAGGAACUGUUCGUCUUUUGCCUUCACGCUCUGAUCUCUGGAGAUAAUCAAUCUUGCACUUAUUUCCCACAUGGACGUACGAUGUGAUUAGAUAAAUUCCAGAAUUCGAGCUUUUCUUUGAGCAAUCGCCGCAUUCAACGACCCCGGACGUCAUUUGCGAAAGUCUCCUCCGAGCUCCGCGCACCCCCUCUAACCAGCACCUACAGCUAGGUGGUAACUUCUUUCUCUUCUUCAUAUGUUCAGAAUAGAGAACAAAUAUGGCGCAUUCUAAACGCAACACCUCCCUCCCUCACUUCACCUCCUAUGAGCGCGACCUCCUACGCACAACCUGGGGUACGCAACGGACUCGAUUAUCCCGCGACUCUUUCCUGCCGUUCGGAUCAUGUCGUCUCUGUCUAGAACCAGCGCGACCUCCAGUCGUGGCCUGUGCUACAAAUGGCGAUCUAUUCUGUCGCGAAUGCGCAAUCAACGACCUCCUAGCGCAACGGAAAGAGAUCAAGCGUCUAGAGCGUGAGCGCGAGGAAGCGCGACGACGACUGGAGGAAGAGGAGGCCCUCACACUGGAAGAGGCGCGGACACGGGAGUUACGGGAAUUUGAGCUUGUCAGUAUGGGAUUGGAGGCAACAAAUGGAGCUGCAGGCAAGAAGCGCAAGGCGGAGGAAUCAGAGGCGAUAGCUGCGUUUCGACAACGGGAAGUGGAAAUAGACGGGAAACGAAGAAAGGUCUUUGAGUUGAAUGAGGAGGAGAUGAAACGGGCUGCGAGGUUGGAGCAAGAGAGGCUGAAAAGUGAGCUGAAGAAAGAGAAGUUGGAAAACAAAUCUGCUCUCCCUUCAUUCUGGGUGCCAUCACAGACUCCAGACACCAACGCCUUCGAGGCCGCGGCCUCUAAACCCGUCAAACUCGCCCCAAUAUGUCCUGGCUCAGGAGAGAGCAACCGCCAUACAUACUCCUUGAAGCUCCUAGUCGACGUCCAUUUCACGGAAGAGAAAGCAGACGAUGGCAGCGAUAAGCUUCAGCGCGUGUGUCCAUCCUGCAAGAAGGCCCUAACUAACGGCCUGAAGGCAAUGCUAACAAAACCCUGCGGUCACGUCAUCUGCUUUCCCUGCGUCCAGAAGUUCAUGAUGCCCCAACUCCAUAAUACGGCUCCUGACCCGCACGCCUCCAAGGAACAGCAAGACGCUGACGCCGCUCGCCGCGGCAAGAUGCUCUGCUACGUCUGCGAGGCGGACGUCACGCCUGAACCCCGUAGCAGCGCCAACGGGAAGGAGGACGAGAAUGGGAACGGAAAACACAAAAAGAAAAGCAAAGAUAAAGAGAACGGCAAGAUCGGCAGGGGCGUCGUUGAGAUUACUUCCGAGGGAACGGGAUUUGCCGGCGGAGGAGUAAAUAUGGCGAAGAAGGUGGGUGUGGCGUUUCAAUGUUAGGGGUGAUAAUGGCGGCAUUAUUAGCAUGCAUAUACUUGUCUUACUUUCUUAUUUGUUGAUGUUCGCUUUUUCUUGUUACGAACAUUAAGGGGGGUGUAUCAUAUAAAAUACGCGCCCAAGGACAGCCCUGUUGCUGUGUCUCGAUGUAUAGAAUAUGUGGAAUCGAAUGUUGCAGAUGGCCUCGGGAUAAUUUGAGGAAUUGUUUGACCAUUCUUACAAAGAC